AUGACUUCUCCUGCAAAGUUUGCUCCAUUGAAAAAUGAUUUGAUAUUAAGAGCAGCCAGAGGAGAGACCGUUGAGCGUCCACCUUGCUGGAUUAUGCGUCAGGCUGGAAGAUAUCUUCCAGAAUACCAUAAAGUGAAGGAUGGUCGUGAUUUCUUUGAGACUUGCCGUGACGCAGAAAUUGCCUCUGAGAUUACUCUUCAGCCCGUUAGACGGUACGAAGGGUUGCUGGACGCUGCAAUUAUAUUUAGUGAUAUUCUGGUCAUACCACAAGCAAUGGGCAUGAAAGUAGAAAUGAUAGAGGGCAAAGGACCCCAUUUCCCAGAACCGCUGAGAACUAAAGAAGAUUUACAAAAAGUUUUGAGCUAUGAAGUGGAUGUUAUCAAAGAGCUGGACUGGGCAUUCAAGGCGAUCACAUUAACAAGAACAAAGCUGAAUGGCCAGGUCCCAUUAUUUGGCUUCUGUGGAGGUCCCUGGACGCUACUGGUUUAUAUGACUGAAGGUGGUGGCUCUCGUUUAUUUAGGUUUGCAAAAGAGUGGAUCAAUAAGUUUCCUGAACUUUCCCAGCAGUUGUUACAGAGAAUUACUGACGUUGCAAUUGAGUUCUUGUCACAGCAGGUUGUCGCGGGAGCGCAGAUUUUGCAGGUAUUUGAAAGCUGGGGUGGUGAGCUUUCAUAUGAAGAUUUCAAGGAAUUCUCAUUGCCGUAUUUGAAACAAAUUUCCGAGAAAGUUCCCAGGAGGCUAUUAGAAUUGGGCGUCAAAGAGGAUAUUCCAAUAAUAAUCUUUGCGAAAGGCUCUUGGUACGCACUUGACGAGCUUUGCAAUGCGGGCUACAAUGUUGUUUCUCUGGAUUGGCUAUGGGACCCAAGAGAAGCGUCUAAGAUAAACAAUAAUAGAGUGACUUUGCAAGGUAAUAUAGAUCCUGGUGUAAUGUAUGGUUCCAAUGAAAUCAUAACUCGCAAGGUCCAGAAGAUGAUUGAAGGAUUUGGAGGUGGAAAAAAAAAUUAUAUUGUCAAUUUUGGGCAUGGGACUCAUCCAUUCAUGGACACAGAAAAAAUUAGAUUCUUUUUAGAAGAAUGUCAUAGAAUUGGUUCUGCUAAAUAA